AUGCUGUUGAUUGAAGCUCAUCUUGAGACUCCGCAGGCCUUUGGCGCCGCAUUCAUCCUUGGGGUACUCGUGCAUAUCUUUGUUUUACGCAAAGGAGAAUGGGACCUUUGGACUGUCAAGUUUUUCAAGGCAUGGGCAACGUAUGAGGUUACUGUCUCGUUGUUUCUCACUCAACUCUACUCAUUCUCAGUCUGGCAAGCCGUAUCGGUGACCAACAAAUGGUUCGCAUCAUUUGCUGCUGGGCUCACAAUCAGCAUUCUAUCAUAUCGAGCAUUCUUUCACCGACUGAACCGUUUCCCGGGUCCAUUUAUUGCUCGUCUCUCAACGGUCUACGCUACUUAUCUAGCGGUAGAUGAAGAGCACAUGUACCUUGAAGUCCAGAAGCUUCAUGAGAAGUAUGGAGACAUCAUAUCGAUCGCAACACCAAGUUCAUUCCGGCCCAUUCACGCACCCUCAUCACCGGUCAUCAAAUCACCUUUCUAUGGCAUCACUCAUCCAUGGGUGAUGCUUCUCUCUGAGCGACGAAAGAAAGAACAUGCCAUCCGCCGUAAAGCAUGGGACAGAGCAUUCACUACCAAAGGUACCGAGCCGUUCCCACAGCCUCAGGAGACAAGCGCUUACCAUGAGCAGCCCUGCGCGAUUAUGAGCACCAAGUGCUCAAAUACACCAAACUUCUCACUGACCGCAUUGAGGAAGCGAAAGAGCUUCGACUUGCUUGAAAGCGGCGUCGAGCACCACUUCUUCACCGAGUCGCACAAAACCCAAGGUUUCAUGGGCGCGUUCCGGCGAAUGAUUUGGUUCUUCCCUCUUGUUUCAUCCAUCCCAAUCGUGAACAAGUCAUAUUUGGCUUUCCAGGCUUAUGUCAGGAAUCAAGUCGAGACUCGACGAAGGAAUCCACCGGCGGAACCAGAUGUUUUUAGUAGUAUUCUGGAGGAUUAUGAUGCGAUUGAGAAGCCUAAUCAGCAGGACUUCGAUAAUCUUUGUGGUGAUGCUCAUCUCAUUAUAAUCGCCGGCAGUGAUACGACUUCCUCUUCCACGACUUGUCUCUUGCACCACCUCGUACUCCAUCCCAAUGUGCUGGCAAAGCUCCAGGCUGAGAUUGACGAAUACAAGAACACCCACGAUGAAUAUGACCUAGUUUCCCUAAGCAAGCUACAGUAUCUUCAAGCUUGUAUCGACGAAUCUCUUCGUCUUUAUCCUGUUGUCCCUUCAGGUGUUCCAAGGAUGACUCCGCCAGAAGGGCUCCAGCUUGACGAUGUCUACAUACCUGGAGAUACAAUUAUACAUAAUCCUUCUUACACCAUGUAUAGAGAUGAGCGUUGCUUUGAGAAGCCAAACGAGUUUAUUCCCGAGCGAUGGACUACUAGACCGGAGCUGAUCAAAGACGCCUCAGUCUACGCACCAUUUUCAACUGGCAAGUCUCCUAUUCUCCGAACGAAAGUAGCUGACAAGAUAGGUCGUGGCGUUUGUGCUGGAAAGCAACUUGGUCUUAUGGAGAUGCGCUAUGUUCUCAUGGACAUUCUCUCACGAUACAAUAUUGCUUUCGCACCAGGGACCAAUCCUCAAGCUUUCAUUGAUGGCUUAAGAGAUUGUUACACUCUGGAGCUGCCAAGGCUGGAUAUGGUAUUCACCCCACGAGCCGGAGCCAAGGUCGAAGCAUAG